CAGUGAAGCUCCAGCGUGUGUGCACAGCUGUCAGGGAAGUCUGGAAAAAGUGCUUGUUUGUGGAGAAAAUACGGAUGGACAAUGUGAUAGUGACCAUUGUGUUUCUUUUAAAGCUCUAAUGAUGGAGGUUUAAGGAUGUUCUGGGAUUAUUGUGCAAUGCUUAUGUGGAAUAAGGUUUCAGCAUGGAAUUUCAUGGGGAAAACAGGCUCAGCACUUGAACUCCAGCCCAUAGUGAGGAGAACCUGGAAUUCACCAUUAUAUUUCAUUUAAACCUGUUUUAUCUGAACUGGAACUGUAUUUAUAAUUACUGUCAAGUGUAAAGUGUAGAGAGUAAAUCAUGCAUUUGGGAAGAGGACUGCUGUUUGUGCUUCUUUUGAACAGUGUAACCAUGAGUUUGUCUCUAUCAACCUGCACCACGGUGGACAUCGACCACAUCAAGAAGAAGAGGGUGGAGGCCAUCCGGGGUCAGAUCCUCAGCAAACUGAGACUGACCAGCCCGCCGCAGACCUUGGGCUCUAGUCAGGUGCCCUAUCAAGUGCUGGCUCUUUAUAACAGCACUAGGGAACUGCUGGAAGAGUUAGGACGCGACAGACAGCAGAACUGCGGACAGGACAACACUGAGACUGAGUACUAUGCAAAAGAAAUACACAAAUUCAACAUGAUCCAGGGAUCCCCUGAAAACAAUGACCUUCCCUACUGUCCCAAGGGAAUAACAUCUAAAGUGUUCCGCUUCAAUGUCUCCAGCAUGGAAAAGAACGCCACCAACCUGUUCCGAGCAGAAUUCCGUGCCCUGCGGGUGCCAAAUUCCAGCGCCAAGAGAAACGAGCAGCGCAUCGAGCUCUAUCAGAUUCUUCGUCCUGAUGAGCACAUUGCCAAACAGCGCUACAUCGGCGGCAAGAACGUUCUGACUAAAGGCACACUGGAGUGGGUUUCCUUUGAUGUUACUGAGACUGUACGAGAAUGGCUCAUGUACAGAGAGACAAAUCUCGGUCUGGAGAUCAGCGUUCACUGCCCGUGUCACACCUUUAACACCAACGGUGACAUCAUCGAGAACGUCAAUGAGGUGCUGGAGAUCAAAUUCAAAGGGAUGGAAGGAGAGUACGAGGAGCCCGACCGUUGGGAUUUGGUUCGACCAAAGAUGCAGAAGGAGCAGCUGAUGCCUCAUCUGAUCCUGAUGAUGUUGCCACCGCACCGCCUGGACGUACUGCCCACCUCCAGACGACGCAAACGGGCUCUGGACACCAACUACUGCUUUUCAAACUACGAGGAGAACUGCUGCGUCCGGCCGCUGUACAUUGACUUCCGGCAGGAUCUGGGCUGGAGGUGGAUCCAUGAGCCGAAGGGGUAUCACGCCAACUUCUGCUCAGGGCCGUGCCCGUACCUCCGCAGCGCCGACACCACGCAUAGCUCGUUGUUGAGUCUGUACAACACGCUGAACCCCGAGGCGUCAGCUUCCCCCUGCUGUGUUCCUCAAGACCUGGAGCCACUCACCAUCCUCUACUAUGUGGGCCGAACACCAAAAGUGGAGCAGCUCUCCAACAUGAUCGUCAAAUCCUGCAAGUGCAGCUGAGUGGUCUCGAGACCCCGACAGGGGUUCAAACUCUCAAGGGUAAAAUCAGUAGGACGCAGGGCAGAACUGGACUCUUGAAGAAUACCUCUGUACAUCCUUCUCACCUACAUCCAAACCCCAGAGCACCACCUUGUGUUCCAAGAUGACUGCGCUGCCUAAUGUUGCCCAAGGGACUUCUAGUCUGACGUUUGACGUGACUUUUCAAUGUUAUUUUUAAUGUGUAAUUUUCCUCAGCAUUUUGAAGUGCCUCUAGGAGAACCUCAUGGGCAUUUGUGAACUCUGAACUGGCAGUGCAAAACUUCAUAGCACCUGCACUCAGAGGAGACACUGCCUAUGCCUGCUGGAUUGACAGACUAAAGGGUUAAUGAGAGCUGACGUGUUUCUGUAAAAAGAUAUUCUGAUGUAAAUCUGUGCACGGCAUUCCCCCUUUCCGCACUAAUCGACACUGUUUGUCUAACAUGACGGUGUUAGAGAUAAUGUUAAUGCAAACAUGCUGGAAAGAAAGUGUGAAAAACAAUGUGUUUUGGUUAUGCUUACCUCUGUUACACAGCAGAAGUCUUUGAGAUUUGUGUUCUUCGAUGAAGCUGAUGACUUUAUGACGAUACAUUAAGUUUUACAUCACAAAAUGCUAAUGUUUUUACUGCUAUUACUCCUGAAAACACUUCUUUUUUUAAUUAAACAUAGUCCUGGACAAAACAAGCUGUCAUAGAAGUUUGACAUUUGUUGUAU